AUGGCGAGCAUAUCACCCAUCAUGCGGCAGCUGGGCUGCUUACGGCCGCUGCUGAAGACCCCCAAAUCGAUACUGGGCCAUCGGACAAUCUCCACAGCCUACACCCCGAAGCCAGACGCAGCACCUCUUCCGAGCAAACUGCCCAAGACGUUCAUGUCGCAAUUACCAACUCAACUGCGUCCUGAUCAAGCCCCCAAGAGACUCAAAGUUUACCCCCCACCCACCAGCACCCGCAACACCUGCAAAGACCCCAUCUCCGCCGUAACCCAAUCCCAGCUCUCAACCCUCGAUCCAACAGGCGAGCGCAAGGCCCUUUUCGACUACCGCCGAAAUCCCCGCAGUGUGAAACCGGGCGACAUCCUGCGCGUGACGUUCAAGAACGGAGACCCGUUUUCGGGCGUGUGUUUGAGUAUCCGGCUGCGCGGGGUGGACACUGCGUUUUUGUUGCGGAAUGAGUUGACGAGGGUCGGUGUUGAGAUGUGGGUGAAGGUGUUUAGUCCUGAGAUGCAGAGUGUGGAGAUUGUGCAGAGGUCGGAGAAGAGGAAGAGAAGGGCGAGGUUGUAUUACAUGAGACAACCCAGACACGAUAUGAGAAGCGUGGAGAACAUCGUAUCGAACUAUCUCAAGAAGAAGUCGGCUCUUACGGGUCAGAGACGGGAGAGACGGUGA